GACUCCCUAGAAGACUCGAGGCUUAAACACACAGAAGAAGGGAAGACAAGGAGAAGGAACCCAUGAAGAGGAGAGUGGCUAUUGUUGGAGCUGGGGUCAGUGGCCUGGCCUCCAUCAGGAGCUGUCUGGAGGAGGGGCUGGAGCCCACCUGCUUUGAGAGGAGCGAUGAUGUUGGAGGCCUGUGGAAAUUCUCAGACCAUACAGAAGAGGGCAGGGCUAGCAUUUACCGAUCAGUCUUCACCAACUCUUCCAAAGAAAUGAUGUGCUUUCCAGACUUCCCCUAUCCUGAUGACUUCCCCAACUUUAUGCAUAACAGCAAGCUCCAAGAAUACAUUGUUUCAUUUGCCAAAGAAAAGAACCUUCUAAAAUACAUACAAUUUGAGACAUUUGUAACCAGUAUAAAUAAAUGUCCUGAUUUCUCAACUACUGGCAAAUGGGAAGUUACCACUGAAAAGAACGGUAAAAAAGAAGCAGCUGUCUUUGAUGCUGUAAUGAUUUGUUCUGGGCAUCAUGUGUACCCCCAUCUACCAAAAGACUCCUUUCCAGGACUGAACCGUUUUAAAGGCAAAUGCUUCCACAGCAGGGACUAUAAGGAACCAGGGAUGUGGAAGGGAAAACGAGCCCUGGUGAUUGGCCUUGGGAACUCAGGCUGUGACAUUGCUGCGGAACUCAGCCACACAGCUCAACAGGUUGUCAUCAGCUCCAGAAGUGGAUCUUGGGUGAUGAGUCGGGUCUGGGAUGAUGGCUACCCCUGGGACAUGUUGGUGAUCACUCGAUUUCAGACUUUCCUCAAGAACAACUUACCCACAGCCAUCUCUGAUUGGUGGUACAUGAAGCAGAUGAAUGCGAGAUUCAAGCACGAAAACUAUGGCUUGAUGCCUUUAAAUGGAACCCUCAGGAAAGAGCCUGUGUUCAAUGAUGAGCUCCCAGCCCGCAUCCUGUGCGGCACUGUGUCCAUCAAACCCAACGUGAAGGAGUUCACAGAGACCUCCGCUGUAUUUGAGGAUGGGACUGUGUUUGAGGACAUUGACUGUGUCAUCUUCGCAACAGGCUAUGGUUAUGCCUACCCCUUCCUGGAUGACUCCAUCAUCAAAAGCAGAAACAAUGAGGUCACCCUGUACAAAGGCAUCUUCCCGCCUCAACUGGAGAAACCAACCAUGGCAGUGAUUGGCCUUGUCCAGUCCCUUGGGGCUGCCAUCCCCACAACUGACCUACAGGCACGCUGGGCUGCACAAGUAAUAAAGGGAACAUGCGUUUUGCCUUCUGUAAAAGACAUGAUGGAUGAUAUUGAUGAGAAAAUGGGGAAAAAACUCAAAUGGUUUGGCAACAGCGAGACCAUCCAGACAGAUUACAUUGUUUACAUGGAUGAACUGGCCUCUUUCAUUGGAGCAAAGCCCAAUAUCCUACAGCUGUUUCUCAAGGAUCCCAGGUUGGCCAUAGAAGUGUUCUUUGGCCCUUGCAGCCCCUACCAGUUCCGGUUGGAAGGUCCAGGGAAGUGGUCAGGAGCCAGGAAUGCCAUCCUAACCCAGUGGGACCGGUCACUGAAGCCUAUGAAGACGCGUGUCGUUAGUGGUGUUCGGAAGCCUUGCUUAUACUUUGAUUUGCUCAGGCUCCUUGCAGUUCCUAUUCUACUCGUUGCUGUUUGUUUUGUGCUCAUCUGAUUGGGAUUCCCCCUAGAAUGUCGGAUAGUCACUGACAAUAGCCAGGCAGGAACUUUGCUAUUUAAAAAUUAAGAUUCUCAUACCUCUCCCUUUCCUGUUCAAGUUCAUUUGGCAGGACACAAAGGCAUUAAUUAGUAAGCAAGACAGUGUUUGUUCUGGCCUUUUAAGUAAGCCUCUUUCAGAAUCAUGCUGGUUUUCAGAGGUUGUAAGUCAGUUCUCUUUAAGUUUCACUAAGACUUUGUAAAGAGAACUAUGUUUUUAUGUCCAACUUGAAUCAUUUUCUGAAACAAUUGGAAGUGGUUCCUUUUCUCUUUUAAACAAUGUUUGAAAGGUGUACUUCAAACACAAACAGUGAAUAAAAUAGAGCAUUUAGAACAUAAUCUUCUCAGGCUGCCUCUAUAAACUAUUUGUGAGCCUGUGGGGAGAGCUGGGCUAUUACAUUCUAAUUUUAUUUCAUUACUAAUGCUCCACACAGUAUUUCUUGACCCUAGCUAAGAAACACAGUAUAGAAAUCUGACCCACAUUGAAGGUUAACACAAAUUAGCUCACUUCACUGAUAAGAAAAUCAACCAAAUAAGGAAAGAAACUCUCCAACAUAGAACAAAUAAAUAAUCACAACAAUAAGCAAUAUACACCUUUGAGUUGCUACAAAAGAUGUUUUUAAAAAAUGGGUUUUCUUUGUGCCAUGACGUGAAUAUGGUAAGUGUUCUCUAGGGGACCUCAAGGUGUACAGUGCUAAGAGGUAAUGGAACUUCCAGAGGUAGAGUACAGCAGGGUAUCCUUGGGUCAUUCCAUGCAGCAGGCCCUCAAGGGCUUUAUAAGCCAUUGGUUUCUUCUUUCUGGUCCUGGCUUGAUAUGUUAGCUAGCUCUCCCAUAUGCUCCCACCAUUCUGUCUACCACAGUGUGACACCAGACACUCAGCCAAUGCCAGUGUUUUAUGCUCUCACACUGAUCUGCCUCAGGUGUUUCAUCACAGCAACAAAAAUUGGGGACAAUUAUUAUUCCAGAAUGACAAGGCCAGCAGAUCAGGAAAUGAUUGCCAUUCAAAGGGCAUCUCACUGUACACACAGAUUCCCUAGGGAAAGCCUUUGAAACUCAGAAAUAUGAGAAAUUCAACAGCAUUCUCCAAAAAUCAUUGUUAUAUUACAGAAGAAAUAAAAAUGUAUCUUGACAGAAACAAAACAAAACAAAUGCAGUAUAGCAAUAGCAGCCCUA